CCGAUCGCAGCGGGCAGGUUUGCCACCUGGGGCGGUCCCUGGGCGGGAAGGAAGCGGGGACGCCGAAGGGACUCCUCCUCCAGGAGCCACGAGGGCAGGGCGGGCCGGAGGCGGGGCCAGGGCGGCGGGCGCGCCCUCUCGCGGCUUCCGGUGGCGGCGGGGUGGUUCCGGCGCGCGCCCGGGGCGGCGGCGAGCGGCAGGGGGCUGAGGGGUGCGUGUCGGCGUGGAUGGACGCUGCCGCGGCCGCCAUGCAGCUGACGGUGAAGGCGCUCCAGGGCCGUGAGUGCAGCCUGCAGGUGUCGGAGGAUGAGCUGGUGUCCACGCUGAAACAGCUGGUCUCCGAGAAGCUGAACGUCCCUGUGCGCCAGCAGCGGCUGCUGUUCAAGGGCAAGGCCCUGGCAGAUGGGAAAAGACUCUCCGAUUACAGCAUCGGGCCCAAUUCCAAGCUCAACCUCGUGGUCAAACCUCUGGAGAAGGUGUUACUGGAAGAAAGCGCCCCGCAGAAAGUGGCCGAGGCCCCGCCCCUGCGCCCACCCGCCUGGCAGCUGAUCGCCAAAGUCUUGGCCCGCCACUUCAGUGCCUCAGAUGCCAGCAGGGUCCUAGAUCAACUACAGAGGGAUUAUGAGAAGUCCCUGAGCCGCCUGACCCUGGAUGACAUCGAACGUUUAGCUAGCCGCUUCCUGCACCCCGAAGCCAGUGAAGUUAAGGAGAAGGGGUUCUCUAAGUAAGAUUCACGGAGUGUGGGGAUGAGCCCGGCCAGGCUGCAAGCUGCAUGUAGCAUUAAAUGUGUUCUCAUGUUGCAAUUUGGCUUAUGAUACUAGCUGGUGGGUACCCAGGAACUUGUACCCGGCUCUUGCGAGGUGCCAGGCACCACUGAAAGCACUUGACCUGGGCUGGCUCCUCCGCCUCGAACAAAAGGUGGGACGGCCGAGACUCCUCGCAGCGAAGUGAGGGAGCUCCAACCCGAGUCCAGCCAACUUCUCUAAGUGCCUCAGGAUGAGAAAGAGAGAGGAGCUGUCUGGAAGAUGCUGAGGGAUGGGCUUGGGCAUCUGGUGUGGACUAAUCCCUCAAGUGAUUCCUUUGCAGACCUCUGGCAGGUCCAGCCUGGGUGGGAGGCCGAGUGCCAGCCAGUCCUGGCCCCCCUCCCUCCCCCCCCCGCAGCUGCUGCAGCCAGUGUGCACACGAUGAAGGAAAAGCAGCUUGGGGAGUCGGGGGUGAACAUCGCCCAGCUCUGUGGUGUGACCUCAGGCAAGUCCCGGUGCCAUGUUGGUCCCCAGCCAUUGACUCUGCCCAAUGAAGGCCACUCCUUAAACCUCACUCCGUCUCCUUCAUCCUGACUCCAGACCCGGGGCGGGGCGGGGUGGGUGUCUGCAGCGGCCCUCCCCUUUGUGUUCCAUAAACUGAGGCCAGAAGCCAAGCAAUAGCCAAGCAUGGCCCAGAGAUGGGGUGUCCUGGCCCUUCCUUUCAAGCUCUUCCCUGGGCACCCUCUGUACUUGACUCCCGCUGGACACGGGUCGUUCCUGCUCCUUAAGGAUGACAGGUGACUGGCUUGAGGUGACUCAGCCAGGCAGUGCCAGAGCCAGGCCUCAGCCGGGCCCCCAUGCCAUGAGCUCAUCCACAGAAUGGAAGCGGACCCUCCCCCCACCACGUGUGCACAAGGGCUUUCACUUUGCACGCCCCUCACUGCCCAAAAGGAAACCUCAGAGUGCCAGGGAGUGGGCAGCAGCACAGCCUGGUGGCACUGGUCUUCCCACCUGCCUGGUAUGUGGGCACUAGAGUUCACCUAGGCACCUGCUCCUUGGAGGAGGUCACCCAGGGCACAGGAGGAUGGAGACCCGAGCCCUGCCACCCUCCCUGCCCGAGGCCCUGGGCUGGGCAGACGGACAGAGGCCUUCUGGGUGAAGGAUUUGAAGAGCAGAAGCCCCUGGCCCCACCUGAGAGCUGGGAAUAUCAAACAGCAGGGCCUGCGUGGGAGCCCGUGUGAUCUAGCAGCUCACGUGACAGACUUGCCAACGCUCUCCUUUAUUCUGAGUCAGGAAUUGUAUGUUGACAUUUUCAAUAGCACUAAAGGUGAAUGUGAGACUUUGAUCCAAAAAGAACUGUUUCGGCCAGGCUGCUUUUGGUUUCCAGUCAUUGGUUUAACCAUAAAGGAAAUGGGUUUAAACAAUAAAGGAAACUUAACCGGUUUACAAAACUGAGAAGUCCAGGGGUAUUGGCAGCAGAUGAACAAUUUCACCAAAUACCCAGUUUCUUCCUACCUCCCCUCUGCGCUCUGCACUGUCUGCUUCAUCCCAGGCUGCCGCCUCAGGAGCAAAGAUGGCUGCCUGCAGCUUCCACUGAACCCCUCGUUCAUAGCCAGCACCUUCUCGCCCUGUAGUGUAGCUUCUUUCUCACUUGCCUCCAGCAAAUAAAUUCAUUUUUAUUGGUCAGAA